AUGCAGUAUCCGAAUCCAGCAUGGAAGAUCUUGCACUUGAUCCCUCCAAGCUCUCGCGAGGCGGAGGAGUUUGGGCUCCAGGUGCUGCUGGACCUCCAUGGUGCGCGCCUUGCGGCGGGGCACCCGGAAGAGCCCACGGCCAUCCACGGCCAUCCACAGCCUUCUGCAUCGCUGGCUCUGCCCCGCUUUCUCCAUGCUGCGCUGCUCCGCGCUGCAGCGACCUCCCCUGAAGUGGCAGUGGCAGAGCUGGCGUUUCGAGGCCCCGGAGCUGCAACACUGGUGUUCGUGUGCCGCCCGUGCAUGUCCAUGUGCGAGUCCCUGAGGGCGCUGCGCAUCGUGGCGCGCCGCUAUCGCGGCCGCAAGGCGGUGACGGGCAUCGCUGUGUGCAAUGAGCCGUCGCCGGAGGUCCCCACGGAUGUCCUGUGCAACUUCUACGAUCGUGCUGUCCGGGCCAUUCGACGCGCUGGCUUGCGCGAGGAUGUGACCGUGGUCCUGCCAGUCUUUCAGCGACCUCUUCCUGGCUUCGUGGCCCGCUGGGAGGAAAUGGGCGGGAAGUGCCAUGCCAACGUUUGCUUUGAAGUGCACUGGUACCACUGCUUUGAAAACGAGUGGCAUGGCCGGACCUUUGCGCAACACUUGCGUGCAGUGCAGGAGCAUGCCGAGGAGCUCCGGCGCUUUCCGGUUGUGGUGGGCGAGUGGAGCCUCGCGCUGGGCUGUGGAUCCGUCACCGGGAAGAUCUCCAAAGAUGAGAUGCUCACCCUCUUCGCCAACGCUCAGCUCGCUGCCUACCGCGAGUCGUCCCACGGAUGGUUCUUUUGGAGUUGGAGCGACCGGCCGAAGAGUACCGAGUGGGACUGGCAGCAAGCCGUGGAGAAGUCGUUGCUCCCUUCAGGGCAGGCCUUGCGCUGCGAUCUGCCCGCGCUCCCGCCCCUCCCGCCGCCGGCACCGCGCUGCCCCAGCACGCCCGACUCGGCGCGCGACGCGGCCAAUGCCUCCCCCAGCACCCCCACACCCAGCCGGGAUCGCCGGACCAGCCGACUUCGGACGCCGCCCAGGGAUGCUGUGACCGCGCCCCUGGACCCUCUGGAGGUGGUUUUUGACGAGCCCGCAUCAGACUCCCGGAUUCACUUGGGAGACACGGUGUACCUGCGAGCCUUCCACGGCCGCUACUUGGAUGUAGAAGGCCCCACCGUUCGCGCACGAUAUGGCGACCGGGGCAAGUGGCAGCAGUUCAUGGUGUGCCCAUACUUGGGUUCUUCAGCAGCAUCGUCAAGCUCGGCCCCGUGCUUGGAAACUGCAGGAGCAAGUGCGACGACCGCUGCAGGGCGUGGCAUCAAAGACGGGGAUGUCAUCUGUCUAUUGGCGCACACUGGCUCCUUCGUUGGCAUCUCCGGGCGGAAGGUCGUGGCGGACUUCGCCCUGGCCACGGCGCCCUGCGCCUUUGUGGUGCGCACUGCCGGGGUGGCCUGCGAGGUGCAUCAUCGCUGUGGCAUCUUCCUCCAGUCCGUGGCGACUUCCAAGGUGCUGGCCCCGAACGAGAGCGAUCCUAGCGCGCGUGACGCAGUGAGGGCACGUUGGAAGAGUUUCGGCGAAUGGCAGCAGUUGGUGGUGGAGAAGCCCCGCUGUUCCGCAGUGGUCCCGCGCCGGCCCCGACGCCGCAGCUCCAUGGCCAAGGCGGCCGCCUCGCCGCCCGACUCGCUCGCAUCCCGACGCCUGCGAAAGGCGAGCUCGGCAGAGGAGGAAGCGCCAGGGACGCCGAAGUUGCGGCUGACUCCCAAAGGCGAUGUGUUGGAGGCAGCGGCUGUAGCAACUCCCAGCCGCAAGCGGCGGCUGAGCUUCGACGAUGCGAUGAGCGCCACCGCCAGCGGCGUGCUUGAGGCUGCUGCUGCUUCGCCGGCCCUCCGUGCUGUAGUUACACCGCGCCGGCUCCGUGAGCGUGGAUCCUGGUAA